UCUGGUCAUCGGAACUUUGGCGAUUAUUAGUUAAAUUUUUGAAUCCUACACGGCUAGAGGACCUGCCCGAUUGAUACUAAAAGUUAGCUCACAUUAUAAUAUUAUUCUCCUUAUUAUUUUAUUCUCAUAACAUUAAUAAUUAAAACAAAAUACUGUUCUCCUACUAAUAAUUGUUUACACUUCCACGAAAACGACCGGAAGCCAACGGUUUGGCUAUUUAAACCACCCCCCUGCCUUCAUUUGUUCCUCCCCCUUCUCCUCCUUCUUCAACCUCUUCUUUUAUACGAUUCUCCCAAGAAACAAAACACCAUUUUCUUUGAUUCCUAAGAUUUCUUGCCUCUUUGAGGGGUUCCCAUUGCAAUUCUGGUACUGUCACCACUCUGUUUUCUUCAUUUUUUCCCCCCUCUUUUCAUUCGUGGUCCUUUUUAUUUUUUCGCCCUUGUCCUGCAAUCAGUAUUUGGGAUGUCAGAUUUGACUGGAUAACCGAUAAUUUGGACGUUUUAAUCUGAUAACAUUAAUGGGUUUCCUUAAAAAUCCCUUUAUGUAACAGUUAAAAUGAUAAUCAACGGGGUUUAUAUUUGUUUCAUUAAUAUGAUUCUCGCCGUCGACUUAAACUUCGCCGGAGAUGGCCAUUGGCCGACUUUACGAUUAGUUCUUUGGUUUAUUAAUCAAAUUCGCUGUCCCAAAAUUUUCACUGAUUCUCAAGUCUUAAAGAGCCAAGAGAGUCUAUGCUAAACGUUGCAAGCCACCAGUUAAUUGGUCCUUUUUUUUAAAAAAAUAAUAUUUUCCCCUUUUUUUCUGAUUGGAAUGUUAAUCAGUAACUUUGUCGACCAUGCAUUCUUUUCGCAAGCUCGUAACUUAGUUUACUGAGUGCAAUUAAUUGAGUUGAGAAAAUGGUAGCUUACUCGAGUUUUGUAUUCUGAUGCAGUUGUAUUAGAUCAAAAUGGAGGACUUUUAUGGACAAGUUCAGAGGCCAAAGUAUGACUGCCUUCUAUUUGACCUGGAUGAUACACUUUAUCCCUUGAGUGCUGGUCUUGCUGAAGCAGUCCGCCAAAACAUUGAAGAUUAUAUGGUCCAAAGGCUUGGGAUUGAGAAGAGCAUAAUCAAUGAUUUAGGCAACCUUCUCUACAAGAACUAUGGGACCACAAUGGCGGGCCUAAGGGCAAUUGGCUAUGAUUUUGACUAUGAUGAAUAUCACAGCUUUGUCCAUGGUAGAUUACCUUACGAAAAUUUGAAGCCAGACCCUGUGUUGAGGAGUCUUUUGUUGAGCUUGCCUUUCCGUAAAGUUAUAUUCACAAACGCUGAUAAAAUCCAUGCUACCAAAGUCCUCAGCAGAUUGGGAUUGGAGGGUUGUUUCGAAGGGAUCAUUUGCUUUGAGACCCUGAAUCCGGUUCACAAGAACGCAGCCUCUGAUGAUGAGGAUGAUAUCGAAUUCGUCGGCUCAAAACCAUUGACUUCUAGUAACUCCGGAAUUUUCGACAUUAUAGGACAUUUUGCUCAACCCAAUCCUGGAACCACAUUGCCUAAAACACCUAUCGUUUGUAAGCCCUCAGUAGAUGCUAUUGAAAAAGCCCUCAAGAUUGCCAACAUCAACCCUCACAGAACGCUAUUCUUUGAAGACAGCGUGCGAAACAUUCAAGCUGGAAAACGUGUAGGACUCCAUACUGUAUUGGUAGGAAAAUCCCAAAGAGUGAAAGGUGCAGAUUAUGCCUUUGAAAGCAUACACAACAUUAAAGAAGCAAUUCCAGAGCUCUCGGAAGCCGACAAACUGGCUGAGGUUAAUUAUAAUUCCGGAGUUCCAGUAGAAACUUCGGUGACAGCAUAAGAAGAAGAUCAAUCCAGUUUUUUUUUUUUUUUUUCCUGGGCUAAUCAAUGGAGUCCAUAGUGUUGGAUCGAUCUCUGUUUUCCAGCAGCUGCUGUCUCAUUGGUUAAAGAUUAAUUCUAUGUAAAUUUCCCCCCUUUUUUCUUUUCAAUGUUAUAUUAUUGGAUAGCUAAAUAAAAAGUCAUUCAAAACAAGCAAAGUGAUGUGCAUCAGUCAGAACAGAGUAUCAAGACUCAAGAGUCCACCUUGUAAAUAUAGUUUCAGUUUCCUCUCAUAUAUUAAUGCAAAUCAUAAGCCUUUAAUUUCUUCUAUCCUCCAUUAUUGGUCCUAAUAGUCAGCGCCUAUCUAUAUUUUAUUCAAGAAUGUAAGUGGAAAUGGGAACUGAAUUAUUGGUG